GGGUUUAAUAUAAUUAUUUAAUUUCGAUUCCCCAAAAAAACUUUGCCUCAUCAUCUUCGAACUGUUCCCACGUCCAUAGAGUUUUUCGAGGAGCUAGAGAAAGAGCGUUACCCAAGUGCUUCGUCUUCAUUCUCUUAACACUUAGGUCGCAAGGAGAAGCAGAAAAGAGAUCAGGUUCAUGGCUCCUGCAUUUGGCAAAUGUUUCAUGUUCUGCUGUGCUAAGACCUCCCCGGAAGGAGACGAAAUGGACACAGACUCGUACGAAGCCGCCAUUAAAGGACUCAAGGAUCUUCUCAGUAAAAAAGCGGAUCUUGGAAACGUAGCGGCCGCGAAGAUCAUAGCGUUGACGGAAGAGCUGAAGGAGAUUGAUUCAGACAACUCAGACGCGAUUUCACGAAUCAAGUCUGGUUUUACCCAUUUCAAAACUGAGAUAUACUUGAAGAAUGAUGCUCUGUUUAAUGAUCUUGCCAAGGGUCAGAGCCCAAAGUUUCUGGUAUUUGCUUGUUCGGAUUCUCGAGUUUGCCCAUCUCACAUCUUGAAUUUCAAACCUGGUGAGGCCUUUGUUGUCCGAAACAUUGCUAAUAUGGUUCCACCUUUUGACCAGAAAAGACACUCUGGAGUUGGUGCCGCCGUCGAAUACGCAGUUGUACAUCUCAAGGUGGAGAACAUUCUGGUGAUAGGCCAUAGCUGCUGUGGUGGCAUUAAGGGACUCAUGUCCAUUGAAGAUGAUGCUGCCCCUACUCAAAGUGACUUCAUAGAAAACUGGGUGAAGAUAGGUGCAGCAGCGAGGAACAAGAUCAAGGAAGAACAUAAAGACUUGAGCUAUGAUGAUCAAUGCAACAAGUGUGAGAAGCCUAAAGAAAUUAAGACCUAUUGUGUUUCAACCUCAAACAAAACUCCUAUUGAUACAAACAAAUUCAAAUACAAAGACCACUCUAGUACCAAUUCUGCUAAGCUGGAGAUGAGUACUGGUUCUCUUAAAAACGAUGACAUUUUUCACCAGUCUAUAUGA